CUUGGGGGGCUCUGUGCAGCCCCUCACUGUGCUAAAUCUAUAAUACGCCUUCCCUCCAAGGCUUCAUUGCUUAUUCCAUUAUUUCCACACCUGUCAACCACUGCAAAUCCAGAGGGUGACAAUGGAGAGAAGUAUUUAAAUGUGUUCCCUGGAGGAUCAAACCCUUGGCGUGGUUGUACUGUGUGCUGGCAGCAUCACCAGUUAAUCCACCUCCCUCUCCUAGAUUAUGCUCUCUUUCUAACCAUCUAUACAUGCAGUCGUCUGUUGGAGCGCACUUCUGUUGGACAGCUGCAGCCAAAGUAUUCUUCACUGUGGUCCAGGGAGACAAGAAUGUGAAUUUCUCCAGGUGAAACCAAGGGAUGUUUUUGGCAAAAAUGGGAACAUUAAAGCAAACGAACAUGACACAGGAGCCUGGCUCAAAUUGGUGGCUCUCAAAGAGUACAGUUAACCCCAUAAAGUCUUUCCAUGGGACCAGCUUCAUGAUGGACAGCACCAAUAUUCUGGGAGUUCAGGUGAUUCUCAUUAUGGCAUAUUCCUUAAUUAUUCUAUUGGGACUUGUUGGGAAUUCCUUGGUCAUUUAUAUGAUUGUAAAAUAUAAAAACAUGAGGACAGUAACAAACUAUUUCAUAGCCAAUUUGGCAGUGGCAGAUCUCAUGGUGGACAGUCUUUGCCUGCCAUUUACCCUGGUUUACACUCUGCUGGAUGAGUGGCAAUUUGGCUUAGUGCUCUGCCAUCUGCUUCCUUAUGCCCAGGCAAUGAGUGUCUACAUCUCCACUCUCACCCUGAUUGUUAUAGCUUUAGAUAGAUACUGGUGCAUUGUUUUCCACCUCAAUAGUCGGAUCUCCAAGAAGUUUAGUUUCUUAAUUAUUACUAUCACGUGGGUGGCAGCUUCCGUCUUUGCUAUUCCCCUUGCUAUCUUCCGGGAGUAUAGAUACGAGGAUUUACCAACCAUCAAUCUCACAAUAACUGUAUGUACAGAAAAGUGGCCCUCAAAUAACAGUAGAGAUGCUGCCAUCUACAGUGUGUCAAUGCUUCUUCUACAAUACAUUCUUCCACUUGUGGUAAUCUCUUACUGCUAUAUGAGAAUCUGGUUGAAGCUAAAGAAUCAUAUAAGCCCAACACCCAGAAGUGAUACACACCAACGAAGAAAAAACACAACUAAGAUGCUGGUGAUGAUGGUGGUUGUGUUUGCAGUCUGCUGGCUUCCCUUCCAUGUCCUUCAGGUGGCUAUAGACCUGGACUGCGGCCUUGUUUUCCAGGAGUACAAGCUUCUCUAUUCCAUCUUUCAUGUCAUUGCUAUGUGCUCCACCUUUGUCAACCCUCUGCUGUAUGGAUGGAUGAAUAAGAACUACAGAAAUGGAUUUCUCUUGUUUUUUAGCUGUAAGGACAAACUACAAACCAGCCAACCUGAUGGAUCACUGCGAGGCCACUCCUAUACCCUUCGCGCUACCACAUAUCACGGAAGUUUUCGUAAUACUGGAGAAAAUGGACAACCGCCAACACAUGUCUAAGUGGUUCAUGUUGAAAUGUGUUCAAAAGCCAUUUCCUCUUUAAUGGACAAGUGGACAUUUUUAC